AAGCGAACCCUCUGUUGAGUAUUACUGCUGUGCAUAACAUGUGAUGAAAUGUGUCUCACAUUUGACUCGUAUUUAGCACUCAAUUGACAUUUAAUUGAAGUUUUCGUUCAAAACAUUCAUUCAAUUAAUCGUUGCUUUCAUUUGAAGUCUUCGCUAAAACAAAACACACCUUCAGAUCGGAUCCAAAGACACCGCAAAACAGGUGAACAACAAUGAGUGGUAAGCCAUUAGACGGCACUAAUCGUGGCGUCAGUUGCGAGGAAGAGAUUGAAGAGCGUCUUCGACGGCUCAAAGAGGACACCACCGCCGCUGACGACGACAGCCAACGGCCAGUGACUGACCAGAAGGCCAUCGAAGAGCGUUUGGCGCGUCUGAAGGGAAUGGAUCCGCGGCUCUACUCAAUGCCACCCAUAACUGUGUUUCAGCCGACGAGACAUAAGACGGACACACAGAAGGCCGACGACCUCUUGAAACAGUUUGUCGACGAGCUUAAGAUUGACGAC